AUGUCUGCAGCAUCUGAACCAAAAUCUGUAGUGUCUUAUGGAAUGCUUGUAGCAUCAAAAGAAGUAGCUAAAUGUGUACAAACACAAUUAAAUAUUGAAUAUUCUAAACGAGCAUUUAAAACAAUUGAAAAUUCAAAUGAAAUUGAACAAUUAUCAUCCGGUCUUGGAUGUUUAUUAGUUGUACAAGCUCGUUCUAUAUUAACAAUGAAAUCAAUUGUUGAAAAAUUAAAUGAAGAUUUAGAAAAACAUCUUAAAACUCUUCUUGUUCCAUUUGCUAGUCCAGUUAGCUUUCGAGCUUCAUUUUCUUCACAACCAUUUCAAAAUGAUUAUGAAUUAAAUCGAAAUGAUUUAAAACUUUAUGAAGAUCCAAGUUCAAAAAAGCAAACAUUUAUUUCACGUCUUGUUGCAUUUUGCAAUCAUGUAAGACGAUCAAGACAAAAAUUUGAACAAACACCUGAUCGAGAUAAAAUAAAAAUCGCUAUUAUUGAAAAGAUUUACUAA